CUGAAGACCGAUCCCAGAACUUAGUUUCAGAUACUCCUAUCUCUCCUGAGCAAAAUCAUGUAAGCGAAAAAGAAAAACGCCAAGAAAUUUCCGUGAUCUCGAAAUCACAGAAAAAUAAUAAUUCUGAAUCACAUGACGAAAUUUCUCUUAAUCAGAAUCCAUCCGAUUCGAUAGAUGAUAUAUUGCAUGAUGGAAAUUUUGAAACCGAGUUAAAUAAGAAUCAAUUCAUAGAACAGGAAUUAAAACAACAAAUCUCCUCCACGAAACAAUUCCAUUGGCACAACACAUCAUCUAUCAAUAUAGCAUGGGAAUCAAAUACUCAAAGCGUUAUAUUAUCUGGAGAUGGGGAACCUGUUACAGCGGAAAGCGUAGUUUAUGUAUUUUACAAAGCCAUUCAAUCGGGACAAGAAGGAAUACUUUACUGGUAUCACUUUGCUGUAAAAUAUGACAGAAGAAUAGAUGAAGUUUCUGUUAGUAACAAAGUCGGUAAGAAAAAAGCAACUAGCUUAGUGUAUCGCGAAAUUAAACAGCUUCUACCAGACAUAACAGAU